UAAUACUCAUAUGAUUUCACUUUCCUUUUGUGUGGGGAGCUAGUUAUGGUAUUUGUAGCCCAAAAUGAUUUGGAAGAUCCCGUUAUUCUGGUUUGGACCAAUGGAUUCUGAUUGUCCCAGAAAGCCUUCCGAAAACUUAGUUCACUCUCGCUUCUUUCUUUUUGGCUUCUAUUGCUGGGAUUGGGAAUUCUUGACCGCUCUUCUCCUAUUCAGUUCUUCUUCCUAAGCUGUUUCUUAUACAUUUUUUUUUUCUGUUUUUUUUUUCUUUUCCAUAGUACAUAAGAUUAAACAAGAUAAACGGUUUUUGUUUUUUUUUUGGGGGGGAAUAAUUGUAAUAAGAAAAGAUUUGUGAGGUAGGUGAAGGGCAGAUCGGGAAGAAAUGUCGCAGCGGUCGGUGCCGGCGCCGUUCUUGUCGAAAACUUAUCAGUUGGUGGAUGAUCCGGCGACGGACGAGGUGAUAUCAUGGAGUGAGAGGGGAAACACUUUUGUGGUGUGGAAACAUGCAGAAUUUGCAAAGGAUUUGCUUCCCAAUUAUUUUAAGCACAACAACUUCUCCAGCUUUGUUCGCCAGCUCAACACCUAUGGAUUUCGUAAGAUUGCCCCAGACAAAUGGGAGUUUGCGAAUGAAAAUUUUAAGCGAGGGCAGAAGGAGCUCCUCUCCGAGAUCAAACGCCGAAAAAUUGUGCCCCAAUCGUCGGCACAACCCCCGGAGGCAGGAAAAUCAGGCGCCGACGGUAAUUCUCCGUCGAACUCCGGCGGCAAUGAAACGAGGUCCACCUCCACGUCCACAUCGUCUUCGAAGAACCCGGAAUCGGUGGAGACAACAGCUCCUGAGGGCGCGAAUUUAUCGAGCGAGAACGAGAAACUGAAGAAGGAUAACGAAACGCUAAACUGGGAGCUGGCACGUGCGAAGAAGCAGUGCGAUGAGCUGGUAGCUUUUCUGAGGGAUCGUCUGAAGGUGGGUCCCGAUCAGAUCGAUCGAAUCAUGCGGCGUGGAAGCUGUGGUGAUGAAAAUGCGGUAGGUGAAGGUGGAGGAGACAGUUUGAAACUGUUUGGUGUUUGGUUGAAAGACGAGACUAUAAGAAAUAACCACAAGAGAGGGCACGACGAACAAAUGGGCUUUGGUGGGCCUCGCGCUAAGGAGUUGAAGACUGUUGUUGACUUUGGUGCUGAGAAUGUCAUCAUCAAUAGCAACAAGGUUUGUAACUGAACAAGGACCUUUACUCGCCAAAUUGGAUUUUUGUAAAAAGCAAAUAAAGAAAGAUAAUGAUAUUGAAAAAAAUUAAAGGGCUAACCCAUCAUCAUGAUAGUUGGGUUGGUUUGCGUUUGGUGAAAAGGCCAAAUGCACCACUACUUUCUGCCUCCUCCAUGUGUCGAGUUUGUGUUAUUUUUAAUGUACGUUGAUGCUUCUAUUAAUAUUAACAUUCGUAGGUGGAAAGCAAAUGCUCGUCAUCAAUGUGUGGCUUUUUAUGUUAAUGAAUAUAGUUGUUGAUUGAUAGUAUUCUUUAGUUUGGUUUAGUGAUUUAAUGGAG